GCUUCUGUCUUACAUGUGUCGAAACAGAUUACAAUGGAUUCCGCCACGGUCAUUUGAUCGUUUCCUGCGUUAGCGUUAAUUCUUAUGAUUAUUGUUUCUUUUUUUGUUCCCUUUUUGUUUAAGUGUGAGUCAAUUUUUUUAUUUAUCGUUAUUCCAUACUUUAUUAGACACAAAAACUAAGCGUUAGGCUAAGUUACACUGCCUAACUUACUUAAAAAUUAAUGAUGAAAAACGCAAAGGCCAAAAAUUCAAGAACAUGCUUGGGACAUUUUAGUGAUCAAGGUGGAUUGUUUGACGUUGUCGUACGUCCGAUGCUACAACAGGGACACGAGGGAGAAUUAUGUAGUUGGUUGAAAGAAAUGAGUUUAAUUGGUACAGUCUGCAGUUGUCCUCAUUCAGAUUGUAAUGGACGUAGUUUGAUAUGGAGCCCUGCAAGAAUUGUAGACAAAUACAUUUGGUCUUGUCCUGAUUGCACAAGAAGACAGUCUAUAAGAGAAAAAUCUUUCUUCUUUGGAAUAAAGUGUGACCUGAAAAUGUGCCUUCAACUGAUACUAGGAUGGUGUCAAAAAAUUCCUUGUGAAGUUACUGCUUCUUACUUAGAUGUAAAGAAGCAUGUUGUUAGAAAAAUAUACGAACGAUGUGAUGAAGUUUCUGCAAUCUAUGUUAAGAAACAUCCAGAAGAUUGGUUAUUAGGCAGUGAAGGUGCAAUAUUAAUUGUGGAUGAAUUUCCUGGUGGUUAUAUGACGGAGCAUCAACCAGAUAUAAAUUUUACUAAAAAACGCAAUAAUAAUUCACAUACAAUAAUAUGUAUAGCAGAAGCAAAUACUAUACCACCUCGCAUAUGGCUACAUAUGAUCGAAGCUGUACCAGAGCCACAGAAAAUUGAUAAGUUACAAACAGGAGUCGACAAGAGUAAUAUGAUAAAAGAAGCUCUAAAAGAAAUUGCAAGGCAUAUAGUACCAGGAAGUUAUAUAGUAGCAAGUGAUCGUGCUUGUUGCUGCAGUUAUGAAUCUUUACAAAGUUUAAGGCAAUAUAAAAUUAUCAGUGUCGAGCAGCUGCAAAAAUUUGAUCCACCUGGUAAAAGUAAACUUGUUAAUAAUCUCGAAACAAUUUGGCAAAGUGCCACUGAGGUCUGUGAGGAAGUUCAAGAAGCUACACGUACUUUAGGCCAACAUAUUAUUGCUAGGCAUUUAUGGAGACAAAAAUUUGGUGGAUCACUUUCUACUGCGUUUCAAGAUAUGCUGAAUCAUAUUGCGGAAUAUUAUCGAUUUUCUCAAAGUUAGGUACCAAUUUUGAAAUCUUUUGCAUCAUUGCGUUAUGUAAUUACUACUGUAUAUGACAAAUUACUUUUCAAAAUAACGUUAUAAUUUUGUAUAAACAUAUACAAGGUGAAUAUUGAUCAAAAAGUCAAUUUAAAGAUUUUAGAUUAUAUACAAAAGUUUCACAAAUUGCCUUAUUAAACCAUAAAUAUUCGUAAAUGAUAUAAA